AUGGCUCAAGCACAGGUCAUGUCUGGACUAAGCAUUGAACCUGUAUCUCCAACAGGGCAAUUGUCGCUCCAUGACUAUCGGAAAUUUCUCUCUCAAGAAGAUGAUAUCAAACUGCCACCACCACCACCACGCAAGCUUAAAAGAAAGCCAGCUGCUGUGAAUCUUUUCCAGGCACAAUGCCAUGACUAUGCAUUUAAUCUGCAGUCUCCUGUCUCUUCGGCUCCAUCUAGUCCACCGCCACUUUCAUUCAGUCAGUCAGUCAUCAGCUUACCUGGCGAUAUAUCAACCCCAAUAUCCCCAACUUCUACGACCAGGCUAUUCACUCAGCCUGUAUCGUCAUCUCAGUCAUUGGUAACACGACAAAUUGACCCGUUUUCUUCUCGACUGAAGAAGCAGAGGGAGCUCUUUCAAAGCCAUAGUCGAAGUUCCUCUCACUUUACCUCACCUUCAACUGCAGUUGGCUCAUCACAAAAAAUAAGCCACAACGGAACAGAAUUCGAAAUCCUAAACCCAAAAGUUUCACUUUCACACUUUCUCAGCAUAUCACAGUGUCGACUAUCCGCUUACUCUGAGGACACCAUGGACAGAGAGAGAGACAGUCCCGACAUCUCCCCGAGCCAUUCACUCGCGUCAAGUCCAAUCCCAGACGACAUGGUGCGACCCAUCUCGGCCUCUGAAAGUGCGGUGCUCUCCAACUUUUCCCCGCCACCACAGUCGCCAGGGUUGCCGCAGGAUCAAGUUUCAUUUGCUGCUUUACCUCCUUUGGAGGAGUCGCCCCCGAUUUCAGUGCAUCAUCGAUCACCCAAAGUCCCAGCCAAGACAUUGAGACAGAAAGUAUCUCGUCUUUUUGGUCGAGGGGAUAGUAAUCGCUACGAGAUCGACCACCAGGACAGGUAUCAUGAAAGGGAAGGCGACUUGUACGGCACAGCGUCCCAUUAUUGGCAAGAGGAACCUUUCACGCCAGUACAUAAGCUAGAGCACGAGGGCGCUAGCUAUGAGGAAAUACAGAGCCACACACAGAAAGAAUUGGAUGACACCAAGGCUCUGCGCAGACGAACACACGGCCCUCACUCGUCAAAUCGACAUCAAACCAUGCAAGAUGUUCUUCGACAACUGGAGACCGAGAACAACGGCUUGACCUUUGAGGAUAUCAUGCAGUACAUCAGCUCAGGCAGAGAUAAUGAAGAGGAAUCCAGCAGUAAAGAAGAGGAGGAAGAAGGUGUUGAGCGUCCGUGGCAGCCAGACACCUGGCAUGAACUUCCCCGAGUGCUUGUACCACGCAAUCGACCAUCAGAUAGCAAUCUAUCAACGAAUGCACCCAGCACCCGUGCUUCGAUUCGUCCGUACGUCGAGCGCGCCGCAGCAUUCAUGGCAGGAGGAGGGGACAACAGCAGCGUCUCGUCCUCAGACUCUACUGUAGCAAGGGAUGAAGAAGACGACAAGGAAGAAGAUGUCGACGACGGAAGUGCCGGGAUCGAAUCGGAGUUUGUGUACGAAAUUGCGGUAGGUCCUUCCUUCCUUCCUUCCUUCCUUCCUCACCACCACGUAUAUCAUGUGAUCAUCUCUGACAUGCACUCGCUCCUUUUAGCCCAUCACCCCAGUUCGCCGAACCAUCUCUCGCCGCGCUCGUCCACUGUCCUCCAACCCUCUAGACCUCGACAUACCCCUAAUCUCGACCUCACUGUCGUCCGCCGCUGCAUCUCCCACUUCUUGCAAACCAGCAAGUAUCAGCUGGAGUCCAGAGAUUCCUGCACGUCAUCCGGACCAUCGCCUUGUGAAUUGCCGAAACGCUCCCCCCAGGAUGGCCUCUCCGCCACCCCUGGUGGUGACUACCGUCAUAGCCAGGAAACCACAGAAGAGAUACGGUGA